CAAUCUCCACUUUCAUCUAUACCAGUAUUACUAGGAUUUAUACGCUUGCCCAACGUGAGUCAUUCAUGCACCUAUUUAAAGCAAAUUUAAAGUCCAUUAAUGCACUUUUCAGCGACAUUUUUCUCAUGUCCAUUAGUCCAUAUUAGAAAUUUUACACUUAAUCAUGAUUUUAUAGAAUCAGUAUUAGUGAAAGGUUCAUGUGAGUUUCAUCAAACAGACAUCAAAACAAAAACAUCGAUCAAAAUCUCAAAACAUCUUGGGGUAACAUUUUCUGUGUAGAAAUGGAAUGUAACGUUUGUGGUGAAUAUAAAAAGAAACAAUGAUCAUGAGAUGGUGUGAAAAAUUUUCAGUACUAUAAAUGGAAUCUUGGCCUCAGAAUUAAAGUAAAAUCGGAAGUUAUUUAUUCUACCCGGUCGCACUCCGCAUCUGCGUGAAACGUGAAAUAGAAUUGAGUCCUUCCAUUGAACAGAAAGAUGAACACUGCAACAGCCCUUUUAGCAGCGAUUAUCCUUUUGAGCAGUACAGAAUUGGCAUCGCCUGCAAAGAUUCUGCUUCUAUAUCCGAUACCGUAUCCGAGUCACUGGAAGGCAUUCAAGCCAUUAUUCGAGGAGCUGGCUAAACGGGGUCAUCAAAUCACAGCGUACACAACUCUCCCCGGACUUAAAUCUUUUAAGAAUUUCGAGCACAUUGCAAUCAGUGCAGACACAAGUAAAGUUGAUGUGAUGGGUUUUGACCCUGUCGGAUGUAGAUCCAAGACACUAAUUUCAUAUCUGUAUGGGCUUUGGGGAUAUUUUUCCGCGAUCAAUGAGGCGGCUCUGGAAUCCAAAGAGCUGCAGGCACUAAUGCAUUCCGAUGAGAAGUUCGACUUACUGAUGACAGAGGCCAACUUCAUGGAGGAAAGCAUUUUAGGGUUUAGCCAUAAGUUCAACGUUCCUGUGGUCAGUAUGUACCCGAUUUUUAUCACACCUUGGAUGGCGCAACUCGCCGGGAUACCCCACUCAUACUCCUACAUCCCUAGCACUUUGCAACCCUUCACCGACCAAAUGAGUUUCUGGCAAAGGACGGUGAAUACAAUAACCGGUUUGUCCGAAAUUCUGUUGGGUCAUCUGCAUCACUUGCCGAGUCAAGAGAGGAUGAUGCGCAAACAUUUUAAAUACCCUGGCUCAGAAAAUAUACCUCCAGUAGGAGAGUUGAUCGCUAAUAUUUCGUUGCAUUUAAUCGAUUCGCAUCAAAUUAUGAGCUUCGUUCGACCAUAUCCCCCGCAUGUUAUUGAUGUUGCAGGAAUGAACACCAAAUCGGCUGGGAAACUACCUCAGGAUUUACAAACGUUCUUGGACGAUGCAAAAGAUGGGUUUAUAUAUGUUUGUUUUGGAUCAUUUAUAAAUAAAAAAGCAUUUUCACGACGGUUUGAGAAUGUGUUGACCGAAACUCUGAGAGGGCUCAAAUGGAAAGUCAUUAUGAAAUCCAGUGAUGAAAUUGAAGGAGCACCGCAUAUAAUGACCAGACCUUGGUUGCCGCAGGUGGAAAUUUUGUCGCACCCAAACUGCAAACUGUUCGUUACGCACGGCGGCUUUAACAGUCUGAUGGAGGUCAUGAGUAUAGGAGUUCCCACCCUGGGCUUGCCAUUCUUUUCGGAUCAGUUCCAAAAUGUAGCCUGGUAUGAGCAUAAAGGAGUUGGCUUGAAGAUCGAUUACGACACUGCAACGGUCGCUGAUCUGACGGAAAAAAUCAAUAAAAUUAUUAACACUCCUUCAUUUAUGGAUAAUGCAAAACAAAUAGCUAAGCUUUACCACGAUGAGCCUCAAUCAAGAUUAGCCAAUGCAGUCUUCUGGGUGGAAUAUGUAAUACGUCACAAAGGCGCUCACCAUUUAAAACCGGAAUCCGUCAGAAUGCCAUAUUAUCAAUAUCUUCUACUUGACGUAAUAGCAUUUUUAGUGGCCGUGCUGUUUCUCGCUACAUACAUCGCCUAUUAUCUUGCCCAGAAGUUCUUGCGAUCAUUUUUAAGUACAAAUAAUGCAUUAAAUGUAAAAAAACGGAAUUAAAAAUACAAUGUCUUUCAUCAAAAGGCAUUGAACUUA